GUUUAUAUAGAUUUAACAGUGGCCUGGAAUUAUGAUCAUAUGUUAUCGGACAAUAAUGAUCUGUUUGCCUUGAUUAUUUUAAACAUAUACUGCUUAAAAAAAUUGCAAUGCUCAAACACUGAACUUUUGAAAAGGUCGAGGUGUGGCAGCGUAGGAGAAUCAACACUUACCCUACCAGUUUCUGGAAGGUUCUGCAAGCACACACACACACACACAAUGCAUUUAAACUCCAGACCCGAGAAUGUCAUGCCAUCUCUGAACUUCAUGGGGAGGAAGUUAAGAAAUCACAUGGUGGCCCCAGCUGCUAAGCAACGAGCAUGGGAGAGAUCCAGUCCAUCUAGAUGUGCUGAUGAGAAUAAAGGAGGUAUGUCCAGAAUCGUUCAAUCACAACCACUAUUAUGGGCGCAGAACGAGUUGCCAGGAAGCAUUCAAGACCUAAGGGAGGAAGUGCAGCAUCAGCCUUGCAAUGUCCAUAGCACACACCUUGACCAGGAAAACAAUACAGGUAAGAUCCGGGUGUUUUGCCGUAUACGGCCUCAGACCCGGGCAGAGCUGGCGAAGGGCAGCAACACCAUUGUGUCAUGUUUGGACGAUUACUCAGUGAUCCUGGAAACCCCACGAGGGCCUCGAGAGUUUCAGUUUGACAGGAUCUUUACCACAGAGCACACACAGGAUGAUGUGUUUCAGGAGUCUAGCAGGCUAAUUCAAUCAGCAAUCGAUGGCUUCAAUGUGUGUAUCUUUGCCUACGGACAAACCGGCUCAGGGAAAACUUUUACUAUGUUGGGGGACAGAGAGCAGAAAAACCCUGGAAUCAUCCCUAGGACCUUUACUAGAAUCUUUGAAAUCAUCCAAGAGAAUGAGACAAAAUUUGAAUUCAAGGUCUUGGCUUCUAUGUUGGAGUUGUAUAACGAUCGGCUACAGGACCUUUUUGUAAGCCCGUCUGAGGCGGUGUCAAAACGCAUUGAGAUUAAAAAGGACAAAAAGGGGCUUGUAUUUGCCCAAGGAGCAGAGGCGAAGGAAGCGACUAGUGCUGGCGAGCUCUUUGCUCUCUUUGAGCUAUCUUCUGCCAACCGCCAUAUUUCAGCUACCAAAAUGAACAUAGAAAGCUCUCGCUCUCACCUGAUCAUCAGCAUCAUGCUGGAAAGUCGCAACCUGGCCAACGGCAGUAUGACGUUCGGCAAGUUGAACCUUGUUGACCUGGCAGGAAGUGAGAGAGCAGCAAAGACAGGAGCAAAAGAUGACCAGCUGAAGGAGGCUAAUUCUAUCAAUAAGUCUCUGAGUGCUCUGGGUGACGUGAUCUCAGCUCUGGCUUUGGAGCAAGCUCACGUUCCCUACCGCAACAACAAGCUGACACAGCUCAUGCAGGACUCACUGGGGGGCAAUUCCAAAACUCUCAUGUUCCUCAAUAUCUCUCCUUCUGACUGCAACUUGGACGAGACCCUUACCUCACUCAUAUAUGCCUCCAGAGUAAAGGCCAUCACCAACCAUGCACAAAAGAAUAUGGAGAGCAAAGAGAUCGCUCAACUAAAAGAGGUCUGUAUUACUACCAUAAAUUUCAUCUUACUUCUACUGUUCUACUCUGUUUUAUUUCUAUUUUAAACAUCUCUUAGGACUGUUUUCUUUCAUAUUUUUUCCUUAAGGUGAUUUUCAGACU